UCUCCCAUAGCAACCGAUGUUUACAUCCGACAUUGUUUUGAAAAUUAAAGCUCACCAAAUUUGAAGCACAUUUAACUUAUAAUACACAAAUUACAAGAACAAUGUCAGAUUUAGGAUCUGAUUAUGAGGAGGAAGAGCAAGGGCCUUACUUAGGGGAAUAUGAAGGUGAAAGAAAUGAACGAGAUGAACGUCAUGGUCAUGGCAAAGCAACACUACCAAAUGGGGACACAUAUGAAGGAACAUACGAAAAUGGCAAAAGACAUGGACAAGGCACAUAUAGAUUUAAAAAUGGAGCGAGAUACAUAGGAGAAUAUUGUAAAAAUAAAAAACAUGGACAAGGUACAUUUAUAUAUCCAGAUGGCUCCAAAUAUGAUGGAAGUUGGGUUGAUGAUCAGCGUAGUGGAUAUGGCAAAUAUUACUAUGUAAAUGCAGACUGUUAUGAAGGCGAGUGGUUAAACCAUGUUCGACAUGGACAGGGAGUUUACACAUACCAAGACACAGGAUCAAAAUAUACUGGCACUUGGAAAGAAGGCAAGAGGGAAGGCUCUGGGGAACUCAUACAUGCCAAUCAUAAAUAUGUAGGACAUUUUAAAGAAGACAGGACUGAGGGUAAAGGAAAAUAUGUGUUUGACAUUGGCUGCCAACAGCAUGGUGAUUACAUUCCAAUUGAACAGAAUCAAGAUGACAAGGGUGAAGAGGAGGAACCUCAACUGGUAAUAAUCCCAAAAUGGAAAUCGGGUAAAGUUACUGAAAUCACAAUUGACCCUGAACCUGAGCUUGAAGAUGAGGUACCACCACCUGGUGAGGAAACUGGGGAUGCCCCAGGGGCUACAGAUGGUGAGCAAAAGUCAGAGAGUGAAAUGGAGGCUGAAAAUCCUGCUGCGUCAAGUCCACCCGCCACUGAGGAAGUGGCUGGAGAUGGUGCUCCUGCAGCUGAAGGGGUGACAUCGGAACAGCCAGGAGAGGAUGCCACUGGGGAUGGUGAGAAGGUUGAAGGAACAGCAGAAGAGACCGAUGAACCAAUGGCUGAAACCCAAGAACCUGAGGGUGAAACUCAAGAACCAGAAGAAGAAGAAACUGAACAAGUUGAAGAUGAAUAGACAAUAUAUUAAUAGAACUUUCGUGGUGUAUAUAUCAACAGGGAGGGAGGGGGAUUGGGUGGAUAUGUCACUUUUCUUAUUUAAACUGAUCCAGAUUCAUCCUAUCAUAGAAUGACUCUAAAUGAGAUUGUUUUAUUAUUCAUUUUCAUUUCGACGAACAACACAUUUCCAAAUAUUUGUCAGUUUUUUUUGCAAAUACCUUUCUAAAAUUAAACAAAUAUUACAUAGAGUUAUAAUUUAAAAUGAUAUUUUCCAAUCUUCGUGUGGCGUUCAAUCCUGGCUGUAAAAAUGUAUAAAGAUGUUCAUUGGAAACUGUAGAUAUUAUUUCUAUUGAGAUUUGCUGUAUAUAUUUGAUAUGAUAAAUACAUGUACAUGUAAUACUCAAACCAUGCUUCUGUGAAUAAAAUACUAUUAUGAACAGAUCUCGAUAUAAA